UUCGCUGUCGGCUCGUUCUGAAUCGUGAGCGCGCGCAGGAAGACGGAGGAGCGCGCGCAGGAAGAAGACGGAGGAGCCUCUUUCUCGGCCUGCAGGAGGGGCUGAAGGUGACUUUCUUCUCAGCUGGGAUGCAGAGCGAGCUGCUGGGGGUCCGUCCGUCCGGCCCGCUACACGGUCCUGCUCCGGGAAUAACGACACACACCUGCGGGGUCUUUAAGCAUUAACCAAACCCGCGAACCUGCUGCGUCUGCUGGCCAUUUUCUUCUUUGUAAAGGACACAGCUAGCAGCUAGCAGAAAAUAGGGGGUCUCUCUCUCUCUCUCUCUCUCGCUCUCUCUCUCUCUCUCUCUCUCUCUCUCUCUCUCUCUCUCUCUCUCUCUCUCUCUCUCUCUCUCUCUCUCUCUCUCUUUCUCUCUCUCUUUCUUUGUGUGUCUCUCUGGCUGGGCUCCGGUGGUGGCUGUGCAUGUGCAUGCAUGUGUUCUGCACCGUACGGGCGGAAAAAGCGCCCAAGAUCUGCAGGGAGCAUUUUUCCCAUCAGUAAAGUGGCGCAGACGGAGCCAGAGCGCCGGGAGAGCACGGAGGAGGCCGUGGACGGCAGCAGGAUGACAGUGCAGGAAUUCAACACCCUGGUAGCGCUGUACCGGGAGCAGGUGAUAUCCGUCGGGGAGAUCUCCGCAGACUGUCCAUCUCUGCGGGCUCAGAUGUACAACACCCGGUCUAAAGGAUGCUCCAUGGCCCGGGCUGCACACCACGACCUCACCCUCGUCUCUGUUUCAGGCCUAGAGGACGGAGAGAUCCACCCGGAGAUCUGUCGCCUCUUCAUCCAGUUGCAGUGCUGCCUGGAGAUGUUCAUAACGGAGAUGCUCAAAUCCAUGUGCCUGCUGGGGGUGCUGCAGCUGCACAGAAAAAGAACGGACUCUGAGCCCAGGUUGGACCUGAGGAUGGAUGAAAGCUCGGACGUUCCCAUCCUGGAAGAGCGAUCGUCCUCCCCCAUCGACUUUCCUCAGGAGCAGUGGCUGGUGGGAAUGGAUAUUCAAAAUAUAGAGAGAGAUAUGCGAGAGAUGCGAAACCUACUCAGCAAAAUCAGGGACACGAUGCCAUUGCCACUGAAAAACCAAGAUGACAGCAGCUUGUUGAAUCUGACUCCACACCCGCUGAUCAGACAGAGGAAGAGACGCUUCCCUGGCCUCUGCUGCAUGGUGUCUGGCUGAGCACUACACUCAACACAUUUUUUUUUGUUUUUUGUUAUGUAUAUAAGAGAGUCAUUAAUCCUAUUUCAUUCAAUUCUUUAUUUAGUUACAUUACUCUCCCCCCAUAUUAUCUGAAAUUGUAAUCUUGUAGUACCUGUUAUCUAAUUCUAUGGCAUUUGUUUUUUUCAUGUUGAUGUUAACUUUUUUUUGCUGGUUGGUCAUUUUGGUUCUUCUGCGACGGACUCACCUCGUUUAAGUUUGUUUAGGGGUGUGCAAUUUCGGGCUUGGAUCAAAGUUGGGUUUGGUUAUUUUCAAAUGUAUUUUAUUAAAGGUCCCAUGACAUGCUGCUUUUUGGAUGCUUUUAUAUA